GCUUUUCAAGUGUUUUUGCAGCAUCGGUUGAAACUUCGUUGUAUAGACAGUUUCAGAUAAGCAUCCGUUAAAGUGAAAUUCUAUUCCUCUUCUUUAAUUUUGAUUUUGCUUUCUCUGAAAAAUAAUUAAACAUUUGUAAUUAUUCUUUAGUACUAUACUUUAGCGUAACAUAUAAAUAAGUGGAUUCUGUUAAAUCAGUGAAUUGAAAAAAUGGUUUUAUCUAAGAAAUUCAUAAUUGAAAAAUAUUUCAAAGGCGAACCGAAUGCUUCUGACGUGAAAUUAGUCGAAGAAGAAUUGCCCGCGAUUCAGGAUGGAGAGGUUCUCCUCGAAGCUGAAUAUUUAUCAGUCGAUCCAUACAUGAGGGGGUAUUCGUCAACUCUUCCAAUUGGCAGUGUCAUGUUAGGCGGUCAAGUGGCAAAAAUAAUUGAAUCAAAAGACCCGAAAUUUCCUGUUGGCAAACGAGUGAGAGGAUAUUUUGGUUGGCGAACUCAUACAAUUAUUAAUCCCUCAAAAUGGAAACCUUCUAAAUUCUUGGAGGAGAAACCAAAAGUGUUUCACGAUUUUGGAGAUUUAUCGCCUUCUCUAGGUCUUGGUGUACUUGGCAUGACAGGAGACACGGCAUAUUUUGGUCUUUUGGAGAUUUGUCAAGCAAAAGCUGGAGAAACUCUAGUUGUCAGUGGAGCAGCCGGCGCCGUUGGUUCACACGUUGGACAAAUUGGCAAAAUUAAAGGUCUCAGAGUUAUUGGAAUUGCCGGAUCGGAUGAAAAAUGUAAAUGGAUCGUCGAUGAACUUGGAUUUGACUCGGCUAUUAAUUAUAAAACACAAGACGUGUCUGUCGCUCUAAAGAAAGCUGCACCUGAUGGUGUUGAUUGCUAUUUCGACAAUGUUGGAGGCGAAAUAUCGACAGCUGUAAUUUACCAGAUGAAACUUUUCGGGCGAAUUGCAAUUUGCGGAUGCAUUUCGUGUUACAAUGAUGACAUGAAUGAACUGCCAAAGACUAAAAUCGUUCAAAUUGGUCUUCUAAUGAAUCAAGUGAAAAUGGAAGGCUUUAUCGUCACUCGAUGGUCGGAUCGGUAUGAUGAGAGUUUUGAGGAAAAUAUGAAGUGGAUACGUGAGGGAAAAUUGAAAUAUCAAGAAACUAUUACCGAGGGAUUCGAGAAUAUGUACAAGGCCUUCUCUGGAAUGUUAAAGGGAGAAAAUACUGGCAAAGCAAUUGUUAAAGUGUAAUUCUAUCCUGAAAUGUGAAAAUGUAAUUAUACAUUAAUUAUAAUUAGUCUAUAUUUU